GCGACUAGCGAGGUACGUUUCCCCGGGCGUAGAGACCGCGCGGAAUGAAACUUUUAUUUCUCCAGAAAAGGUCAUAAGCAAGUUAAGAAAUUGUUAGAACAUCCCAGAAGUGAUUAAGUUAUAUUCGUGUGCCUUCAAAUGUUAACUUUGCAAGUAUUUUCUGCCUAGGUAUUGGAGACAUCUGCUGUUAGGCAAAGGCAUUUAUGAAACAAUGGAUGAUACAAAAACUUCACUUAAUAUUAAAGAGUACCCCGAUGCUGAGGUACAGAAAAACCAAGUACUAACUCUGGAAGAAUGGCAAGAAAAGUGGGUGGACCGCAAAAUUGCAUUUCAUCAAGAACAAGGACACCAGCUAUUAAAGAAGCAUUUGGAUAAUUUCCUUAAAGGCGAGAGUGGACUGAGAGUAUUUUUCCCUCUUUGUGGAAAAGCAGUUGAGAUGAAAUGGUUUGCAGAUCGAGGUCACAGCGUAGUUGGAGUGGAAAUCAGUGAACUUGGGAUCCGGGAAUUUUUUACGGAGCAGAACCUUUCUUACACAGAAGAGCCAAUUGUGGCAAUUCCUGGAGCCAAAGUAUUCAAGAGUUCUUCAGGGAACAUCUCACUCUACUGCUGCAACCUUUUUGAUCUUCCCAGAGCAAAUAUUGGCAAAUUUGACAGGAUUUGGGAUAGAGGAUCUUUAGUUGCUAUUAACCCAGGCGAUCGUAAACGUUAUGCAGAUAUAAUGCUGUCCCUAAUGAGAAAAGGGUUUCAGUACCUCUUGAGCGUUUUUUCUUAUGAUCCAACUAAACAUGCAGGCCCACCAUUUUAUGUUUCAGAUGCUGAAAUUAAAAGAUUGUUUGGCGCGGUGUGCAGCAGUCGGUGCCUUGAGCAGGCAGAUAUGUUUGAGGAGCGACACAGAAGUUGGGGGAUUGACUCCCUUAUUGAGAAUUUGUAUCUACUUACAGAAAAGUAAAUGAGACACAAGUAAAAGCGAGUAACAUUGAGUUUUUGAGCAAAUGAAAAUUAGGCUAAGGCAUGAAAAUGUAAUGGAUGACCUUUGAAAAAAAAUUGUUUGCAUAGCAUAUCACAGAAAUGUAUGUAACUUUCUAGGGG